GUACGGUGAGUACUCACUCUCUUUUCAAAGACAACUUUUAGUCAAAUGGCAAAGAGAAAUGUUGCUUAUAUCUCCUUUAUAUGCGUGUACCAUAAUUCAAAAUGUAAUGGAUUUUCUUCAAAGCUGUUUGUAUUAGUGGUUACUCAAGAUAGCCGCAGCUUGACAACACCAUGACUUGGCGAAUGUGUUAUAGUACAACCUGUUGUACCGGGAUCUGAAGAGGUUUUCCAACAAUGGGGAGCAUUUCUGCAAGGUCAUGACAGUAUGUCAGCAAAGGUAUGGUCAAUGUGAUGUACUGUAUUUGCAUACACAACUCCUUGAGAAUAACCUUUGAGGUCAUUUAUUUGAGCAUAGUAUGCUCUCUCAGAUUGGAAAAGUUACACUUUUGAAGCUGAACUGCACAUUUUUCAUGACAUUUCCAUUCUUUUUUUGGUACGUACCGACACAUCCAUUCAGAAUUGCAUGCUGAAGUCCUAACUUUCGGAUUGAAUUUGAAUUACCUGUAGUUACGGUUUCACCUCGGUUACAAAAGUAGCAUGCCUUGAUUACAUUUCUCUGUGACUAGGGCUGAGCUGGAGGUCGAGAGCACCCUUACCUGCAGAUCUAUAAAUUAUGUCUCUGUAAUCUAGCAGGGGUAGGAAUUAAGGUAAUCUGAAUCAGGGUUGUUUGGCAGCUGGGGUGAAAGAGGAGAGAUUACAAGAGGAAUUGUAAUAAUGGCACCAGAGAAGAUGACUGCCUUUUUUUACGGGCUCCUAAACAAUUGUGCAAUUGGGUUAUUUGUAACAUAUUUUGUACAUUAUGUUUCCGCCACCGUCUCGUAUGACCGAAAAGAGCUUCUGAAUAUCAGAACAGCGAUUAAUCACCUUGUACUGGACGAAGACACCAGACAAGGCCCAAAUCCCUGUCAUUCGCAUGAAGAAGAGAUGGAGAUAUAGGGGUAGGACGGGGCCCCUUGUAAGACUCCGACGGCAAUUGAGUAACCCGCCUCUACCAUCAGUGCUAUUAGCCAACGUGCAAUCAUUGAAUAAUAAACUGGAUGAGCUCUGAUCAAGACUAUCCUACCAACGGGACAUUAAAAACUGUAAUAUCUUAUGUUUUACCAAGUCGCGGCUGAAUGACGACAUGGAUAACAUACAGCUGGCUGAGUUUUCGGUGCAUCGGCAAGAUAGAACAGCUGCCGCCGGUAAGAUAAGGGGUGGCGGUCUGUGUCUAUUUGUCAAUAACAGCUGGUGCAAGAAAUCUAAUAUUAAGGUUUUGCUUGCCUGAGGUAGCUGUAGUUUAUUUACCAAGAGAGUAAAUAAACUAUCUAUAUUUAUCGUAGCUGUCUAUUUACCACAAUAAACCGAUGCUGGCACUAAGACCACACUCAACGAGUUGUAUAAGGCCAUAAGCAAAGAAGAAAAUGCUCAUCCAGAGGCGCCACUCCUAGUGGCCAGUGACUUUAAUGCAGGGAAACAUAUGUUUCACCUCAUUUCUAUCAGCAUGUUACAUGUUCAACCUGAGGGGGAAAUAAAACUCCAGACCACCUUUACUCCACACACAGAGACGCGUACAAAACUCUCCCUCACCCUCCAUUUGGCAAAUCUGACCAUUACUAAAUCCUCCUGAUUCCCACUUACAAGCAAAAACUAAAGCAGGAAGUACCAGUGACUCGCUCAAUACGGAAGUGGUCAGAUGAAGGAGAUGCUAAGAACAGGACUGUUUCACUAGCACAGACUGGAAUAUGUUUCUGGGAUUCUUCCAAUGGCAUUAAGGAGUACACCACAUAAGUCACUGGCUUCAUCAAUAAGUGCAUCGAUGAUGUCGUCCCCACAGUGACCGUACCCCAACCAGAAGCCAUGGAUUACAGGAAACAUCCGCACUGAGCUAAAGGCUAGAGCUGCUGCUUUCAAGGAGCAGGAAUCUAACCUGGACGCUUAGAAGAAAUCCCGCUAUGCCCUCCGACAAACCAUCAAAAAGGCAAAGCAUCAAUACAGAACAAAGAUUGAAUCCUACUACACAGGCUCAGACGCUCGUUGGAUAUGGCCGGGCUUGUAAACUACUGACUACAAAAGGUAAGCACAGACGUGAGAUGCCCAGUGACAUGAGCCUACCAGACAAGCUAAAUGACUUCUAUGUGUGCUUCUAGGCAAGCAACACUGAAGCAUGCAUGAGAGCACUAGCUGUUCCGGACGACUGUGUGAUCACGCUCUCCGUAGCCGAUGUGAGGAAGACCUUUAAAACAGGUCAACAUUCACAAGGCCAUUAAUAUGGAGUUGGUCCCCCCUUUGCUGCUACAAUAGCCUCCACUGUUCUGGGAAGGCUUUCCACUAGAUAUUUUUACAAGGACUUGCUUCCAUUCAGCCACAAGAGCAUUAGUGAGGUCAGGGACUGAUGUUGGGCGAUUAGGCCUGGAUGCAGUCGGUGUUCCAAUUCUUGGGGUUAAGGUCAGGGUUCUGUGCAGGCCAGUCAAGUUCUUCCACACCGAUCUCGACAGACCAUUUCUGUAUGGACCUCACUUUUUGCACGGGGGCAUUGUCAUGCUGAAACAGGAAAGGGCCUUUGUUGCCACAAGUUGGAAGCACAGAAUUGUCUAGAAUGUCAUUGUAUGCUGUAUCGUUAAGUGUUCCCUUCAUUGGAACUAAGGGGCCUAGCCUGAACCAUGGAAAAACAGCCCCAUACCCUUAUUCCUUUACAGUUUACUUUAGUUGGCACUAUGUAUUCGGGUAGGUAGCGUUCUCCUGGCAUCUGCCAAACCCAGAUUUGUCCGUUGGACUGCCAGAUGUGCAUGGUAAUCGUUGUCAUGUGUGCAGCUGUUCGGCCAUGUAAACACAUUUCAUGAAGCUCCUGAUGAACAGUUAUUGUGCUGACGUUGCUUCCAGUGGCAGUUUGGAACUUGAGUGUUGAAACAGAGGACAGAAGAUUUUUACGCACUACAAGCUUCAGCAAUCGGAUGUCCCGUUCUGUGAACUUGUGUGGCCUACCACUUCACGGCUUAGCCGUUGUUGCUCCUAGAAAUAUCCACUUCACAAUAACAGCACAUACUGUACAAUUGACCUGGGCAGCUCUAGGAGGGCAGAAAUCUGACAAACUGACUUUUUGGAAAGGUGGCAUCCUAUGAGGGUGCCACAUUGGUAGUAGAAUGGCCUCAGUCACUUUCAAUGUUAGUUUAUGGAGAUUGCAUGGCCGUGUGCUCGAUUUUAUACACCUGUCAGCAACGAGUGUGGCUGAAAUAGCCGAAUCAACUCAUUUGAAAGGGUGUCCACAUACUUAGGUUCAUAACCAAUGUGCAUUUGUCAGAGCAUUGAGCAAAUUCAUUCUAGCCUAGAUUAUAUCAUUUACAACCUAUACAGUUCAUUCCAUAUUGUGCAUGUUCAUUCAGAUUUAGACAGCACAAACACCAUAGCAUAACCUUUGACACAACACUAUAUGCAAUUCAACAAGUAUGUUAAUAUACAUCCUAACCAGAUUAUGUUCCGUUUUCAAAAGGAUUGUGAGCAGAGUAUUAUUCAAUUGGCUCAUCCAGUCAAAAUCAGGAGCUCCAUCAUUUACUAAGGACCCUCGGAGUGUGAAAUCAGAGGCCCCAGUGAAAGCAAACUGUCUUCAAUGCUUUCGUCCAAGAUAGAGCCACAGCCAAGACUGAGGAAGAGGAAAGUAACACCCAUACACAAGGAGAGACUGAUGUCCACGGUACAGCAUUGUAGUUGUGGCCAAGGGAGCAGCUGUCCCAGUCGUGCCAGACAGACUGAACCCCAGAUGGACCUCAUCCACAGCAGUGGGGUGCUGGUGAUCCAGCACCUCCAGAGCAACUACAAGGACUACCAUGACUUCCUUGACUUCAUGUCCUCUGUGGGCGACCCUCGUAACAUCUUUUCUCUCUAUUUCCCUCUGUGGUUUCAGCUUAGCCAAAUUGUCGGCACCAAGAUGAUAUGGGUGGCAGUUAUCGGAGACUGGUUCAACCUCAUUUUCAAAUGGAUUCUGUUUGGUCAACGGCCAUACUGGUGGGUGCAUGAAACUCUCUUUUACCAGAAUAAUUCACUCCCCCAGCUGGAGCAGUUCCACAUUACCUGUGAAACAGGACCAGGCAGUCCAUCCGGUCAUGCCAUGGGCUCUUCGUGUGUCUGGUAUGUAAUGAUCACAUCAGCACUCAACUUUACCAGACGCCUUUGUGACAGCUCAACUCAGGGUUGCCAGAGGUUUGGGCUUGUGUGGUCCUUUUUGUGGAUGGCAUUUUGGAUCAUUCAGAUUAGUGUUGGCAUCUCCAGGAUCUUCAUCGCCACACACUUCCCUCACCAGGUUAUCCUUGGUGUUCUAGCUGGUAUACUAGUUGCUGAAGCAUUUGAGCAUGUUCCCUCGAUCCACACAGCCAGUUUAAAAGUCUACCUUCACACUAGCUUAUUUCUGUUCUCCUUUGCCGUCAGCCUUUACUUGCUCCUUAAAAUGAUAGACAUUGACCUAUUGUGGUCGAUACCUAAAGCAAAGAAGUGGUGUGCCAAUCCAGACUGGAUCCACCUGGACACUACACCUUUUGCUGGUUUAGUGAGGAACCUGGGAGCAUUGUUUGGACUUGGCCUGGCCAUUAACUCUCAGAUGUUCAUCCAGAGCUGCAAGGUGAAGAACGGCUACAAGACUAGGUUUAAACUCAUGUGUGUAGCAGCCAAUCUGACCUCUCUGCAGCUGUACGAUUUCAUCAAAAUUCCCACUCACACAGAGAUCCUGUUCUACACACUCUCAUUCUGUAAGAGUGCUGCAGUCCCUCUUAGUGUGGUGGCACUCAUCCCCUACGGUGUUCACUUGUUGAUAGGAGACAAGGAGAGGAAAUUAGACUAAAUGUUUGUACAUCGUCACUUGACACAAUGACGAAUUGCAUUAUAAUGAACAUAGAUUGCUAUGGCAAUUUGUUUAUGGUUGUAAUGUAGAUAUCUUUUGCUAAGCUAUUUACCUUGUUGGAAAAUGUGGAUUAUAAUUUUUGCAAUGUUAAAUUGUAUGUUACAUGUACAGUGUGAAAUGAGUGAGCUGGUGUUUUUUUAAGACAAAAAAAAUUAAAGUAAAUUGUAAACAAAAUGUGUUUUAUCAAUUUCCUUUACUGUUUUUAACCUUUAUUUAACUAGGCAAGUCAGUUAAGAACAAAUUCUUAUUUACAAUGAUGGCCGGAUGACGCUGGACUAAUUGUGCGCCACCCUAUGGGAAUCCCAAUCACAGCCGGAUGUGAUAUAGCCUGGAUUUGAACCAGGGACUGUAGUGACACCUAUUGCACUGAGAUGCAGUGCCUUACACCGCUGCGCCACUCAGGAGCCUGUAAAUAUUCUCAUUCUACUGUGAUUCCAAUUUAGAUUCAUGUUUUUCCUUGAGAAAGAGCUACUAUAUAUAUGUAUAUAUAUAUUUUUUUUUUUUCAUAUUAUGAGGUUGGAGUAAUACUGUGAAAUUGUGAAAAUGAUGAUGCCAUUUUAGUUUGAAAAGAUGGCCUGAAAUUUCAGCCUGUUUUGGUGUUUAGUGCUGGGUGAUUAACCGAAAUGUCAGUUAUUUUUCUUUUUUUUAAAACAACAAAUUGACUGAUGUCAGUUCAAUUAUUUGAAUUCCAUUUCAUAUUUUUUUUCUGUGAGCUCAACACGCACAUCACAGUUUCUCUACAGAUAAAUCAGAGUCAGGCUGAACUGUGUGAUGUAGUAGGGAGUUCUAGUUUUCAACCAGACAAUAUUCUACCUAGUUUAGCGCAUAAAAUGUGGUAAUUAACUACAAUGACCCUAUUCCAUUGCGCAGCUACUUGUCCUGUCUGUAUUUAUUUUAAGCCUGCUAUGGAAGAGAGAUGAAUACCAGACCUUGAGGCGAUAUAGAGAACAGCUGUUGCUUUGUGAGGUAUCUUUACACUUGUUGAUAUUCAGCAGUUAUAAAAGUAUGUCUUAUUUCAUUUGAAGAACUACAAAAUAGUGAUUUUGUCAGACAGCGUAGGCAGCAGCUCUAUAGAGAUGAGAUGAUGACUGAAAUAACAAGUCAUCAAAUAAAACAAAUGUAAUAUACACAACAACUGAAAUAUUUUAUUAAAGUAAAGUAAUGUGAAUAAAUGAUGGUUAAUAA